AUGGACCCUUCGUUUGCGGCAUCCGCAGCUUCGCAUCACUCCUCCCCGGAUCACACAUGUCCGCAAUGCGGCUUUUUUCUGCACUCGCCGUCCGAAUCCGCUCCUGAAGCCGCUGAAACCUCCGAAGCCAAGCGCCGCAUCCGAGAUCUUGAAGCGCAGGUACGGCUCUUAAACUCCAAAGCCGCCGCGGCGGUAGACAAGCUAGCGGACUACGAGGACGAAAUCCAAUACCUGCGCGAUGCAUACUCCAAGUCGCAGCAACAGCAGCAACAGGCAAGAUCAUACGCGAGGCUGAGUAUCCCACCGGGGGAAGGCACAGGCUCGACCACAACACCAGGCCAAACGCCACCGCAGCAGCAGCAGCAGCAGUCGAGGCUGGCAAGCAUUAGCGCAUUCCUGCCAGGACGGAAGAGAGAUGCAAACAAUAGUGUCGUGGGACAGAACCCCUUGACUCCAGCAACAGGCACAUUUCCGCAGAACAGCGCCGCACUCUUCAGCAAUGCCACACUGUCUCCGCCUAAAACCCCCUUCCUGGGAGUUGGAGCGAUAUCUAGUAAUUCGACUCCCAUCCUCUCGUCUUCCUCAACCUUGGACAACAACCAAUCGACUGUGAGCCUGUUGUCAUUGCAAUCCUCCCUCGAAGAAGAGCGUACCCUCCGCAUCCGUGCCGAAUCCUCCUUGUCACAGACUCAAACCGAACUAGAAGAGCUCACAGCACAAUUGUUUGGCCAGGCAAACGAAAUGGUCGCAAAUGAAAGGAAAGCUCGAGCGAAGCUAGAAGAGAGGGUGAAAGUGUUGGAGCAGAGGGAUGUUGAGAAGAGAAAGAGGUUAGAACGGUUAGAGAAGGCUGUGAGCCGGAUCGAGAGGGUUCGAGGCAUGGUCGGCGACUGA